CCGGAUGUAGUGCGAUGGCAAAGGCGUUCGAGAUCAAUCGCUACAAACACAGCGCCAAGCUUCUCCAUCUCAUCAACGAAUUCCGAAAGGACGGCCGAUUCUGCGACGUCACCCUCAAGGUCGGCACGAUGGAAAUCUCCACACACCGCGCCGUCCUCGCCGCCAGCAGUCCCUAUUUCCGCGCCAUGUUCACCACCAACAUGGCAAAAGCGACGCAAGACGUCAUCACGAUGAAAGACAUCGACCCCGACGUCCUAGACCGAAUCGUGGAGUUCAUAUAUACGGGACAUCUGGACGUCACAGUCGACAACGUCCAAGACCUUCUCGCCGCAGCCUCACUCAUACAACUAGAAUCAGUACAAGAAAUAUGUUGCGAAUUUUUAAAAGAACAUUUAGAGCCGGCCAACUGCUUAGGCAUAAGAAAUUUCGCGGAGGCGAAUGGCUGCACGCAAUUGACUGAAGCGGUUGAUGUGUUUGCGCGCGAGAGAUUCGUUGAUGUCUAUUGUGGCGACGAGUUUCUCUCGCAUCCGUGCGAGCACCUCAUCUCGAUCAUAUCGAGCGACGAACUGAACGUUACGAGCGAGAAAGAAGUCUAUCUAGCCGUGAUACGCUGGGUAAAACACGAUCCCAAGCAUUGUGCGGCCAACCUCCCCGAAUUGCGUGGUCACAUUCGCCUUCCCCUCUUGCCGACCGAUUUCCUCAUGAAACACGUCGAUUGCGAGGAGCUCAUAGGAAGCAAGAUGGAAUGUGUAUCCAGGAAAUCGUGCGUCAGGAAAUUGUUUGCAGUCGGCGGGAAGGAAUCGUCGGAAAGCAUCACUCGUAGUGUAGAGUGUUACAGUAACAGAUCGAAUAGUUGGAGUCGUGAGCCGGACAUGAUUGUUGGUCGUCAGCAGCUCGGUGUUGGCGUAUUGAAGGAACGGUUGUAUGCUGUUGGAGGGUUGGAUGGAUCGAUGAGGUUGAGUAGUGUGGAGUGUUACGAUCCUGGGAAUUCUAGUUGGGCAUUCGUUGCGCCUAUGAACACGAGUCGGUCGGGUGUUGGAGUUGGUGUGUUGGGAGGAGCCAUGUAUACGUCUGAUCAAUGAAAACUACAUUGAUUGUCUCUGCCUCUUCUGUUGACCCAGACGCUUUUUUCUCAUCACCGGACACGCUUCUUACCCCACUAUCUCCUGUUUCGACUCUUUCAACGACGACUCGCUCGUUUGUUCUCUUGAAAUCGUGUUGGCAAUUUGAGAAUGCCAUCCCUGCUCCUAGUCCGGAUCCUGUGGCCAAGGCUAGAGGCCACGAACGUCUGCUGAAGACGAGCAAUGAGAAGAGAGCUCCCACGCCAAAUCCAGCGCCGGAUUUAAUCAGUAGGUCGCUCAAACAGCGAUUCCACUUUCUACCGAUCUCUUCCUACCUUGCCUGAGCGUUCGACAUUUAGACGUGUCCCAGAUGUAGCCUCGAGUGCACCGUGUGCGCGUCAAUCUCUUUCUGACCUAUAGCUAUUGUUACGUAUCCGUUUACAAAAUUUGUCACAUAAUAAGCGUUCUAAAUCUAUUAUAGCACCUAGAUUAUUUAUUAAGCA